CCGCUUCGCUCGGAGCCGCCGGUGUCAUGCGGUCAGCAGUGUGGAAACCGUAAAAGCGGCACUGCGAAGGACCUUGAACGUAAUGCGGGAAACACGUUUGCGUGACUAACAUUCUUAUUAGAGCAGCGCUUAUUUGUGCAUCGACAAACACAGAAACGGGUGCAGCAUGUCGAACCCGCUUCCUACCGAGCUGCACGAUCUCCAGGAGCUUCGCGAUCACCCUGAGAUCGGAGGAACGGUGUACAAGCAUUACUUAGCCGCAGCCGUCGACUUGGUCGCUGGGACCGCCGGUGGUGCUGCCACCGUGGCCGUCGGUCAGCCUCUCGACACGAUCAAAGUGAAAAUGCAGAGCUUCCCCGAGCUGUAUCCCAGCAGCGUCAAGUGCUUCCAGAAGACUCUCUCUCAGGACGGUGUGCGGGGCUUGUACGCCGGUACCAUCCCUGCACUGGUGGCCAACAUCGCGGAGAAUUCGGUUCUCUUCUGUGCCUAUGGAGUGUGCCAGAAGGUUGUGCAGAAGUUGGUUCGAAAGCCCAACGUGCAGGAACUGAACCCCCUGGACAACGCCUCAGCAGGUUUCCUUGCUGCCUUCUUUUCUUCGCUCACCCUGUGCCCUACUGAGCUAGUCAAGUGCAAGUUGCAGUCGAUGCGAGAGAGCACUCAUUUGAAUGGGGCCACCAGCCAAGCUGGCAUUGGAACGUGGCAGCUUACCAGGCAAAUCUACAGACAAGACGGCUUCUUGGGAUUUUUCAAAGGGUUUUCAGCUACACUUGUCAGGGAGAUGCCUGGAUAUUUCUUUUUCUUUGGAGGCUAUGAGGGAGCUCGUUACCUACUCACACCGUUGGGAAAGACGAAAGAUGAAAUAGGUGUUGCCAGAACAAUUGUCAGCGGGGGUGUAGGUGGCAUGUGCCUUUGGCUCUCCAUCUUCCCAGCCGAUGUUAUCAAAUCUCGCAUUCAGAUCUCAGGAUCGAAUGAGCCAGCCCUCUCUGUAGCGAGAACCAUAAUUCGUACCGAAGGUGCUCUAGCCCUCUAUAAUGGAUUGGGACCAACAUUGUUGAGAACAUUUCCAGCAACAGGAGCUCUCUUCCUUGCAUACGAGUACACAAGAAAAACACUAAACUCUGCUUUUGGCAUUGAAUGAGAUGUUAUUCUCCAUUGUUAUUUGUUGUGUAUGUGAAUGGCACAGAUAUAAAGAUAUAUACGUAUA